AUGACUCUUCUGUACCCGUUACGUCUGCUCUCCGAACGUAUUGAAAACCUCAACGAGGUACUCUUUUCCAAGAUUCAACAGCGUCGGUUGAAUAGCGUAGAAACUACUAGAGCAACGCCAUUUACACCUUUAGAACUUGCAUAGCACCCUGAAACUUCCAGGAAAUGCUGGAGCGACUGAAGUCGUCGGCAGUGCGAAUGGCGGUAGUCGCGCGGUCGCCGGUCUUCAUUCGCUGGUCGCCGCUUCUGAUGCUUCUCCUUCUUGCCGUCUACCUCCUCUGCGGCGCCACUGGCUUUUUUCUUCUGGAGAGUGAGCCGCACGAGAUGCUUGUCCGCAAAUGGUACAUGAACCUCGCCGUCGAGAGGUUCUUUCCUUUUUGUCUUUUAUUUUUACUGGGACGAUCAAAAUAAGAUAAAAAUUUGAAAGAAUCUACAGAUGAUUAACUUUAUCAUAUUUAUGAUCUAGUGCAUGCAAUUCAGCUCAGAAAACUUUUUCUUUCACCUGGAAGGUACUUCGAAAAAAAAAACUUGAAACCGGUAAUGUCGAUUUUCUCGCCAUUCUUUUUGAAACAAACAUCUUAGCCAAAGAAAAAUUCGAACUUUUUAAUGGGCAGCAAUUUUGGGGAAAAGUUAGCGGCGGCCAGUGGUCUCCUUAUUCAGCACUAUUUGACAAGUUGCUCCCGAGAGAGUCGGACUCGUCCUCAGGCUCACGGAGUUCCAAAGGACAAACCGAGAUCCUGCGAUCAUUUAAGAUUUUCUCAUUUCAAUUAUCUAAAAUCUCAGAAGGCAGUUCGCCAAAUCGAUCAGCUCAAGAAUCUUCAACGACACCCGAAACCUGUUGAUUAUCAUCGAUCGCGAGCAGACUGCAAGAGUCCAGGUACCAUUUAAUCUCUUUUCCCAGAGAAAAAAAUUCUGCAUUUUUUUUUCGAUUUCAUUCUUUCAAUCGCAACUAUUGUUGAAACGGAAAAUUAUCUUGCAAUUUCUAAUCAGUCACACUCUCAGAAACUUUCAGAAGCUUUCGCAGAGAAAUAGUCAAUGUUUCUCGUUUAAGGGCGGUAUAAGCAGGGUUGUCUAGAAACUCGAGGGCUAACACCUUUUUUGAUACUUUUUCUCUUUUCUUGAUUUUUCUAUAAUUUUUCGCGUUUCCCUCCAAAACUGUGUCGCGACUGCAACAAUUCAUCCUUGCCAACCUGGCCAUAUUUUCCUUUCAUGUAGGGUGAAAUUGACUAUAGUUUGUUGAUAUUUUGUUUGGAAUUUUCUGGAAAAAAAAACACUAGGGAAAAGUUGCCUUAUUGGCUCGCUCGCUCCAUUGUGAAAGAAAAGUGGGUUCAAAAAAGUUCAAAAAAUCGAAGACGUAGUUUACUAUUUUCUCUAUUUUUCUAACAAAUUUUGAAAAAAUCUAAAUGUUUCGUAUGCGCCCGAAAUGAUUACUUUCUGGCGGCGUUAAGGGAAAAAAAAUUCUUACAUCCCGAGCAAGAUUUCCAAAUUAAAUAUUCAGUGGUAUUUAACGAUAAUUUUUUUACGGAAGAAUCGAUUUUCCAAGAGAUAUUUCCGGAACUAACAGAUUUUUUUUGCCUUUCUGGAUUUUCACUUCACUUUGAAAAAUAAUGAGUAUCAAAAAGCAAAUUUUCAGUUCCCUUUAAAAACUUGUCGGUAUUACCAAUGUUUCUUUUCUUAGGUUUCCAACCAAAACUUUUUUGUUCGAGAAGACAAUCGAGUUGGAGUUUUGAAUUGGCCAGGACGCCGUCGCAUGAGAAGCACAGCGUUAGAAAGCGCUGAUUGCGCGAGUCCCGAUGCGUUUUGUGUCGAUCUGGUGCCCUUUGGCCCAAAUGAGCCAGAUUGAGAAAAAGAACAAAGGCAGACAUGCAAGAAAGUCGUAUUUUGCGUGCGAGGAUCCGGUCGAGUCUUCGGGUUUCGAAACUCGUAGAAAGAACCGGAAAAAAACUGCAGCUGAAACGAACUUAUCAAUAAGUUUUCAUUUUUCUGGAGCUUUUGUUAGAAGAAAAAUGUUUUUUAUUUUUCUCAUAAGUGUUUUCAAUAUAGAUUUUUCAAAAGAAUGUGUUACGACUAUCGACUAGACAGCGUACAUGGGAAAUGAAUUAAAUGCGAGAAAGAAUUUGAAAACGAAAAGUACUACUGUACUAUAUUCUGUGUGCCACGACUUGAAACUUCACGGAACGACAUUCCGAUGUGCCGCUGUGCGGACCUUGGUCGCGCUUUUAAUCUUUUAAUAAGUUACUCUACUUUCAUGUGCUCCCACCGCAAUAACAAUCUAUUGAAAGCGUGACCUAGAUUCGAAGAACGCUUCGCGAACGCACGCAGCGGAUCACCGGAAUGUCGUUCGGUGAAAUUUCAAGUCGUGGCGCAGAGCCUAUAGAAUCCAAAGCCAGUUUAGCAACACUACGGAUAUUUGUUUGGCUGUUGUCCAAAAUAACUUUUCUUAACCUAUUUCAUUUCAGAAAAAUUAUUAUGGUUGAAGCCCAGAAAGACUAUUCAAAUAAAACUUUCCUUGGAUGAUUCUCGAAGAAAAAACGCUUUAUAAAAUAUCUCACCAGCCUUACUUUCGGUCAUUUUCUUAAAACGUAUAACUUUUUUUUUUGUCUUGAAUGCCUUCUUACAUUCUAUUUUUCUGACAAGUGAAGUAUAUCCAUUGAGUAUCUCACACUUCAAGAUCCGGUUUUUGUGUAAAAUGGUUAUUUUUCGGCUCCUGCUUUUUCACAUUUUCACAAAAGUAUAGUUGCUCUAAUGAAGCAAUUUCUCAAACUCAUGGUUUGUGAGGCCGCAGUGCAUUAAUAUCCGCUCAUAAAAAGAGGUAUAGAGUAAGCGGCGAAUUGGAGUGACGCGAGGUCAUGAGGAGCCGCCAAUCACGGCCUAAUCUCCUUCAUCUUCUUUUUGCAGCCUCAAAUAUCAAACAAAGAAGCAGAGGCUUCAAUCUUUCAGGAUUCAGAAUACUAACCCGAUCAUUCGAGAAAGAAGAGAUGGCAGUAUUUCUGAAGCUCUACAGUGAAAGAAGAAAGACUUCCCUCUGUAUUUUAGUUCUAUAAAAGGAAGUUAGAAAAACUUUGUUCAAUUUCUCCACAUCAUCUAGUUGUUCUACUCCUCUGCUUCGACCAACAGUUCGCCGUCUUUGAACUCGUGCUCCACCAGCGAGCUCCUGAAGGCACUACUAGUUGACCUCCGUGCAGGAGAAAGAGGCGAAGUAUCUCGACACUCUACUUUCAAUUCUUUCGGCUUCAUUUUCUUGACUUCUAACUUGUCGAUGGCUGUUGUUCAGCAUCGCUUACAACUUUUUUUUUACCGAAUCGUCUAUUAUAGUCAAUUUUUCCCGAAUUGAAAGGCGAUAUGAGUGGCUCGGCAAGGAGGAAUUGUUGCAUACGCGACGUGUGCAACAAUUCCUCCUUGCCGAGCCAUUCGGCGGAAACUCGAGGUCAAACGAUAUACAAUUAUUAUAUUAUAUUUUUUUAUUGGUUGUUUUUAGUCAGAUGGUAUCAACUAGGCGGUGAAAAAAUUGCUCUUUUGAGCGGCACUAACACCGCCUUUGGCGAAAGAGAAGUCAAAAAGUGUAGUCGAUUGAAUUGAAAGCAUGGUCUUACGGUCCUUCGCCUCGCUCUUCCACAAGUUGAUCCCUCAGUUUCGCGGGUACGGGCACGGCGGGGAUGGUGGGGCUCGGGCACGUACGCCGUGUACACUCUAGGGUAGCCUCGGCCGAUUGAGAGAGCUACCACUUCGAGUGAAGAAAAUACACGGAAUAUCAUAGAAAUUGUAGAAAAAAUAAGCUUUGUUGAAACUAUUCAUUCAACAAAGCAUUAUCAAAAACAUUAAAAAAAUUAAAAAAAUUAUCAAAAAAACUAUAAACAACAAAAAAACAAACUUUGUCGAUUUAAGUUUUUUUCUAAGUCUAUUUUUCUUUUUUUCUAGGUAUUCAAAAAAACUGAUGACGUCAAAAAAAAUUGAACUAUUUUCUGUUUUAUGACCCCGGCUAAACAUUUGAUGAAACUCUCCCGAAGCGCAGGAUCCCCUUUUUCCAAAAAAAAGAAAGUUCCAGGCCAAACGAAAACUUAUAUUCAAUUUUAUUCUUGCGAGAAGAAUUUCGAGGCGUUGCUAGAAGAGUCGAAUCAAAACAUGAUUUUUUUCUAGUAAAUUUUGAAAACAUAGAAAAAUUUAAAUCUUAUAAAAUUUAAAUCUUAUUCCCCCUUGUGUGUGUUCGAAUUUUUUUCCCUCACUUCGGCUUUGAAUCAUCAAUUGGAUAAAACAUUUCCUAUGCUUCCGAAUAGCGCGAGUGAUAAGACGGGUUGCCUAGAAACGGUUGACGUCGUUGCCACUGCUCGCAUCCAAUUAAGGACGGAGCUCUUGAUGAGGUACAAAACAAGAUAAUGAGCAGAGAACUCUCUCCACACCGCUAUGAAAACCUGAACAGGAGUUUCAAAAGACCAAAAAACAGGGUUUCUUUCAGCAGCUUUUGGUGGAAUCGCUGAAAGGAUACGAGGAAAAGCUCGAGAUAGUUCCGCCGAGUCGCCGCGAAUGGACUUUCUUCUCUUGCUUCAACUAUGCCUACGGACUGCUACUAACCCUCGGCAAUGGCGUCAAGGUUCCCAGUGCCGUCGGAUCUCAGGUAUCUCCGAUUCUGUGGUUUUAUGAUAUCCGAGGGCACAGGAAGUAACAUGAUAAAAAUUUCCGAGCUUUCAUAAUAGUAAAACCGACGUCUUUUUGAACGUCAAGACGUAUUUCUUUCCUGAGAGAUCUACAGUUGAAAAAGCACUUUUUUUUGUCAAAUUGCGCUAAACACGAAUAUCGAAAGUUUAUUCUUCUUUUCAAUUCUUCUUUUUGCUCUUUAAAAAAAUUCUUCGGAAGCAAAUUUUGUUUGACGUUCUUCGAAUAACCGAAAAUAUACAGAAAAAAAGAAAAAAAUGAAAGCCUUUUUCAUUUCUCUGAAAAAUAUCAUUGCUGAGCUGGAUAUUUUUGAUAUUUUUCCCAUCAAGAGUCCCGUGGAGAAUUUCAUUUUCCAUCCUAAUUUUUAUAAUACAUUUUUUCCGUACAAGAAGCUCAUGACUUCAAUCUUUCAGAUUUUCGCCGUGGUUUUCUCCUUUUUCGGAAUACCUCUUUUCUACUCAACUCUAUUCAUUGUCGUCUACCGACUUGUUUCGCCAAUUCUCAAAGUUCGAAAAGAAAAUCUGAUAGAGGUUUGAAAAGGAAUUUUCAGUCUCCUUCAAUGACGAUCCGCCGUCGCCUGUUUUUGCUACAACUUCUCGUGGUUUUGUACAUUUUAUGGUCUUUCCUUCUCGCCUUGUGCCUCUAUUAUCAGGUUUUAGCAUUCUCCGAAACUCAAUUUUCUUCUCAAUUCUGUGUAUUUUUUCUUCAUACUAAAGCAAAGCCCGAUCGGGCGCUUUUCUGGGCGGCGGGCAUUUGACUGGAGCGGCAUUUCGUUCCUUUGCCCGAGUUCGGAGCCCUCAAAGCGGCUGGAAAAGUAACCUCCAAGGACCGUCCCAGUGGCCUCCAUGCGACCUCCAACCAGUAUCAGUAUUUGGCUGGCGGCUUUACGAGUUUAUCAUCAUGGAAAUGCAAAAAAAAAAAGAAUCCGAGCGCGUUGAAAUUGAUUUAUUUUUUCCUAUUGAGAAUGAAAAGUGUAAUCUUUUCGAUUAUUUUCAAUAUUAUUCAUUUUGCAGGUGAUCAACGAUUUUUGGAAUAGUCUGUUCGUUGCUUUUACCACCUCAAUGACAAUCCAGGUUAGCGAAAAAUGGGUACUUUGUUAAAGACUUGUUUUGAUGGCGCUGCAUUCUUCUCAGGAGGCCGAGAACUAUUUUUGAAACUAAUACAAUCUUUAUGAACAAAAAUUGAACGCUCCAAAAGCUGCAUAUUUGAUCACUUCUGAUAGAGUCUGUAAUGACGAGACUCGCUUCCCCUGAAAGACAGCUGCCUUGCAGAGCGACUCUCCUUUUUCCUUUUCCGCUCUUGCACGAACUAUGAAGAGCUCAGGAAAAAGUGAUUCCCAUGAAAAGAGUUGGCGAAGAAAAUAGAGGCCGUCUUUUUUCUUCUUUGAUUGUGCGGGAGUCUUGACGUUUAUACUUGUGCCAUAUCUCGGAAAAUGGCAAACUACAAUUUUCGGAGCGACAGAAAGAUCACGAGGAAUGUUUUUCGUAGCCGGAUAUCGGACAAACUCUUAGACUUUGGGAGUAAAACGAGAUUGCGAAAUUCACGCAUAGCAUUCUUGCUGCUAUAUGACUUUCAAGGAUAUACAGAAAGUUAUCUUUUUUUAAAAUUUUUUUCAAAGAUAUUCUGGGCUGCCUGAAAAACUAUUUUUUGUUGCGUCUUGCAGGUUCCCAGUCCAGCCAAGGUCUCAGCGUGCGGCGUGCUGUUUCUGCAACUGGCGUGCACUAUUUCCGCGGCCUUGGUCCUCCUGAUGCUGUUGGUCAUCGCCGCGACGUACUUCCCGCAUCAAGGUUAGUUCCCGAACAUGCGACGCUCUCAGAUACUUAAAAAAAAUGCGCAUUAUCAUUAAUAAACUGAACGUGUAAAAAAACCCUUUAUAAAAUAAAUGAAUUCCUAAAUAUACUUAGAAAAGAGCUCAAUUAUGAAUUUGCGACAAGACAGCGAAAGAUUUACGUCACACCCAAUAAAUCCUAGCGAAAUGAAAACCUUGAUAAAACGCGCAAACGGAAACUUCUAAGCGGAUUUUCGCGCUAGUGUUUGGAACUCCCGAUUUCGCUAACUGAGACCUCGAUAUCGCCACGGCGUUCCAAAACGGGGUAAGGAGACGUCAAAAAAUUUUGGCGCGAAAUUUGCAAUCUCAAGUACGCAGCCAACGAAAGGUAGCUGUGACGUCACAGCCCUUUUAUCCGAAGCGCGCACUUACUUUUUUUUGUAAAUUCAGAAACUUUGACGCCUCGCUCACCUUCCCUCACCCCAUUAAGAAUGCCGUGAUCCAGGCUUGUGCGAGGGCCGGCCCGUCACCCUCCCGGCCCCCCGACCAUUUCGUAAGCCCGGCCCGGCCUUAGAGGGGCCUCAAGAAAAAAUGGCCCGCCCGGCCCGAGCGCGCAAUUUUUUUCUAGUCGAAUAUCAAGUUUUUUUACGACAAAAAAAUUAUGUUUCUGCUCAUUUUUUUCACUUAAAGUUUAACAAAAACUACGAUUUCAGAGGUAAAAGUGACAUUUCGGUGAAAAAUUUUUUUCAAAUGAAAUUUUUAAAAUUUUUUUGAAGCCCGGCCCGGCCCGAGCCCACGCGGGCUUUUUUUCCUGAAAAAUGAGGCCCAAAGCCCGGGCCGCCCGGCCUGACGCACAAGCCUGCCGUGAUCGCAUACCGGACGUUUUUGAGCACUUAUAGUGAUCACUUGAGUGACGAAGAUAUCCCUUGAGUGACGAUACCACUAAAGUGAUCACUAGAAAUGUUUGAAACGUCCCCGAAUGUCUACUGGGACAUUGAUAUAGCUCAUUCCGCGCUAGCUUGUCACGGUUUUACGGCGUUCCCAAAUGGGGUGGCGAGGCGUCAAACUUUCUGAAUUUACAAAAAAAAUUUAGUGCGCGCUACGGAUAAAAUGCACUGAGUAUCAAACGUUAAUAACUUGUUUUUUGAUGGUACGACAAAAUCUCAAGUCCGCAAAUCUCGAGGACCGUAAUCUUGUGUACGCAGAUCUAAAGUCCCAUAAUCUUGGAGACCAAAAUCUUGGAAACCACAAUCUUGAAAAGUAAAAAUCAACGCUUUUGCGAAUAGAUUUUAUCAGAAAUUGUAUUCGGUGAUCCAAACAAGAGAAUAUAAGUAGAUAAAGUGCAAUAAAGAAGACUAAAAGGGAAGAUUUUUGCUUUCCAAGAUUGUGGUUUCCAAGAUUUUGGUUUCCAAGAUUAUGGGACUUUAGAUCUGCGUACACAAGAUUACGGUCCUCGAGAUUUGCGGACUUGAGAUUUUGUCGAACCAUCUGUUUUUUCGAUCGCCUUGGGCUGUGUACUGUAGAUUUCAUAUUUCGCGCCAAAUUUUUUUUUGACGUCUCCCCACCCCGUUUGGGAACACCGUGGGUUUUCCUUCCGCCAUAAAUACCGUAUACCAUUAGAUCAAAAUUAAGCAAAUACUUUGGUUUUUUUCUGUCUUCUCAGCUGUUUUGUAGAGCAAAACUUUACGGUAGCUUUUCUUUUCUGUUAUUUUAAAACGUGACCGUCUCGCGCGGAAUGCACGCCAAAAAAAAAUGCCGUGUUCGAAGUGAUUCCGCGAAAUCCGAAAUAACCGCCAGAGAAGGAACAAUAUAACCAAAUUUUAGAGAGUCAGAGCACAUUUUGCGGAAAACUUUAACACGGCAUGAGAAUUUUUCAUCUAUCCUCAAUUGAGUUCAUCCCAGUAUAGCCCGUUCACGGCUGGCUUGGGACAGCUAACGAGCGGUUUAGUUUUCGCGAAGAAGGUAGAUCAUGGCGACAAUCUAUGCGCCUUCCAUAAAAGCCCCAUUUAUGACUUAUUUAUUUUUCUCUUAUUUUUCGUCGAUUUAAGAAAAUCUAAAAAUAAAUGAAAUGAAUGUAAAAAUAAUAUACAUUCAAAGAAACAUAAAUAAUUCACCAAAUGAGGCUCUUAUUAAAGGCGCAUGUAUGACCGCCAUGAUCCAUCAUCGCCGCGCAAGUUAAACCGUCCGUUCGCUGUCCCAAGCCAGCCGUGAACGGGCUAUACCCCAAAAAACUCUUGCAGCGUUUCUCAUUUUUCCGGAGGGUUCGAUUAAAAAUGUUUCAGUACUACCCCCAGUAGAAGCGACUCCGUUCGACAAGUCUGAAAAGCUGAUGAUACCUCCUAGGUUUGCUGUCGUUGUAGAUCAAGCAGGAGAGAGCCAUUUAUCUUCACAAUGA